AAUGCUUUUAAAAGAUCCUAAAAUGAGACCUAAUGCAACAGAUUGUUUAAAUCAUGAAUUUUUCACUUAAUCUGAAAAACCUUCAAAUGCACAUAAAAAAAUGUUUUUUGCCCAUACAAGAGCAGCAACUUUAACAGUUGAUUUUUCUUCUCCUGAAGAAAAGGUAGAUUAUAAAGGGUCAUUUGUAACUAAUGAUAUUGUUCCAUAAUUACCUUAAAUGCCUAAAAUGGUAAUGAAAUUUAAUACAACUGAAUUUGAAUAAUAUGAUUGA